UCCUUUUCAUACCUUUCUGAAUCAGCUCGAGAGUCCACAGUAUCUGGCUUUUUCCUCUUUUUUGUCAUCGUAACUUGACAUUCUCCAUCUCCUGACCAGUCAUAACCAGACUAGUACAGACUGGUUUUGAUAUCAUGCAACCCCUGGUUUUUCUGCAACAAACAGAGUGAAAAGCGGAACAUUUACCGACCACAAGUUCCCUCUUCUGAACAGACAAAUAACCCUCUAAAAACAUGUUGAAGGCAGUCCCGCCCCGCAUGUGUAUAUAUUCCACUCCCAUCCGACGCUGCUGUGGGAAAAGGGCAGCCUGCCAGACAGAACCAGUGCGGCCUGUACUGGCUGGCAUUCCCUCACUGGGAGCUCCAAAACAUAGCAGCCACUCCAAUAACACCAUGAAUACAGAUUUAAACCCUGCUUUCCCGGCGCUUGUUUCCGUGUUGAUGCUGCUGCAGUGCCAAGCCUUCAUCUUCAGAGAAAUCACAGUGAAUGACCCCGUGACCUUCCCGUGUACCUGCUCUGGAAAUUGUCCGGUGGUCCAGUGGACCCGCUUCAUUCCCAGCGAAGCCGUCAUUGCUGAAAGCCGGAUGUGUCACGGUAAACAGUACUGUGAGAGAUUUUCAGUAUCAGGAAAUGCCAGCAGAGGAAAUUUCUCCCUGACGAUCAGUUCAGUAGCCUACAAUGAUGCCGGCUCCUACAGGUGCAGCUGUAAUAGAAACCCAGUUGCUGAAGUAAAGCUGAAAGUUGUCGUUCCGACAGUUAUAAAGGCUUUCGAGAGGGAGAAUGUCACCCUCCCGUGCUACGGAAACACUCGGCACAAUGUUCAAGAUGUCACAUGGAAGAAAGAUGGACAAAAGGUUCUGCUGUACACCCCGGCAAACAGAUCAGUGACGACUGCUGAAGCAUCAGAAAGCAGACUGAUGAUGUCAAGAAAGGGUUUUCUAGAUGGUUGUCUCUCUCUUCACAUCAGUUCAGUUCAUCUGUCUGAUGCAGGAUUAUAUCAGUGUCUCCUCCAUGAUGAGUCUCAGGACGGAGACCCAGAAGCUGUUUUACUGAAGGUAGAAGGGCAACAACAAUUAUCAACCACCAACAGCAAUGAAGUUUCAGUCCUGCGUGUGUUUCUAGGAUUCAUCAUCUUUGUCAGCAUCAUUGGAUUAAUCGUUUACGUUGUGAGAAGAUGCUUCAGGAAAUCCAGAUCAGGAGUUUAACACACAGGACAGCAUUAAAACCAAAGCUCUUAUCCACAGUGGUGCUUGAAAGUUUGUGAACCCUUUAGAAUUUUCUACAUUUCUGCAU